GUGAAAGAAAGAGGAAAGCAGCAUGUUUAUUGUUCAUGGCCUCGGUGUGAGGAUUAGCCCGCCUGAAAUUGCACAUGUUCGAUCAAUGGUGUGUGACCGGCAGUGCCUGAUUUUGCCUUGUCCUCGAAAAUGAUACUGAAAAAAACUACGCAUUCUUCUACACAUUCACUUGUUGCCAAGUCUUAAUACCAUGGCAUCUAAAAAAGAGUUACAAGACCGUGAUCAGAUACUAUUGGUAUUCGUGCAUGGCUUCAGAGGAUCAGAAGCCUCAUUUCAAGACUUUCCCGAGAGAGUGCGGACAAUGUUGACAAACAGCAUGCAGAUGGAUGUUGAUGCUGUCAUCUACCCAAGUUAUAAGACACAAGGAAAUCUGAAACAAGCUGUGGACGGUUUAAGUGAUUGGCUUUUGGAGGAGACACAAACGCGAGAAGCAGAUAUCAGACGGUUAGGAGGCAAAGGACAACUUCUGGUUGUUUUAGCGGCACACUCCAUGGGCGGAAUUGUCUCGGCCGAGGCGAUUCUUCGAUUUCAACCACAGGACAUUGAAUCACAGACUAGCUCCUAUUCACUCUCAAGAACCAAACCCAACAUUGUCGGGCUCAUUGCAUUUGAUACGCCGUUUUAUUCGCUUAACCAUAAUGUGGUAUCGUCUCCGGCUUGGGAUCGAUUUCAACAAGUCAACAAACAUGUCAGCACUGGCUACGACAUCAUGAAUGCACUUUUACCUGCUACUGCUGCUUCUGCAACUGCUGCAGCCGGUACUAAGAGAAUUACAGAAACAGCAAACACAACCACUAGUAAAGGCGGAUGGGGUAGAUUUGCUGGUGUUGCUCUAGGUGUUGCUGGGGCAGCAGCAGUAGCCGCUGCCGCCUACACACAGAGAGAACGCGUUAGUGGCAGUGUUUCGUAUUUAUUGGAACAUUUGCAGUUUGUCAGUGCUUUGGCCAAUCUUUCAGAAUGUCGAUCUAGAAUGGACAAGAUAACACAUGUGCCAAACCUAGUGUUUCGGUGUUUUUACACUCAUCUACAAAAGCCUGAAAAGCCAGAUAGUCCGCGAACCUUUAUUGCUAAUCCGCCAGAGGAUAAGAAAGAAUUCUUUGAAGCGGCCGAAGCAUCAGCCUCAGAUCCUAUCAGUGCUCACACUGGAAUGUUUGAUCCAAAGACCAACAGCAACUGCUAUGCUCUUGGAAUAUCCACGGCUAGCUUGAUAACGGAGAUGGUGAAUCGAUUUGAGCAAUGGAGAGAUAGCCAGAGCGAGUGAUUCGCGUAAUGAUCUUUCGUAUAUAUUUUAAAAAAGAUAACUCAUAUUUAUAGAGUAGCCAUAAACCAUAAAGCAAAUAAGCAGUGGAGGGGAACGUUUGUGAAAUCAUUGGGUGGGGCUGCUGUCAGUGUGCGGAGUUAGAGGUCUCAUAUGACUUCUGCUAGACCGGACAAAGUGGAGUUUCAGCUGAAGUUUUAACACCCACACCCAGGACCACUAUAUCAUUUCCCCAUGGUCAAGUUCCUCGAAGGUAAGCAAAACGCGGGAACAAUCUAGCCCACAUGGCUAUGUACUUUGACAUGAACUAAUGCUAUCCCAUCUAUAGAACCAACACUUG